AUGGCCGACGACAAGAUGGAGUUUUCCGUCUCCUACAGCAAGCUCCAGGAGCUCGAGGAUGACUUUGAGGAUGUCGAGGUUGAGCUCCUCCGUCAGCAGGCCAAGCUGUCCGCCAAGCUCUACGAGAAGCGCGCCGCCACCAUUGCCGACAUCCCCAACUUCUGGCCCCUCGUCCUCGAGCAGUCGCCGCCCGACAUUGACGAGUACAUUCAGCCCACCGACUCGGCCGUGCUGCUCAACCACCUCGUCGGCCUCGACGUCGACCGCUUCGAGCUGCCCUCGGGCGGCGACCCUCGCAGCGUGCGCAUCACCAUGACCUUUUCCGAAAACGAGUACUUCUCCGACAAGUCCCUCUCCAAGCAGUUUUGGUGGCGCUACGCCAAGGACGGCUGGACCGGCCUCGUGUCGGAGCCGGUCCGGAUCAACUGGAAGUCCAAGGACAAGGACCUGACGCAGGGCCUGCUGGACCUGGCCGUGCAGCUGCACGCCGCCGAAAAGGCCGCCGGCCAGAAGCUGGCAGACGAGGCCGAGCCCAAGGCGUCGCUGCUGGCCCUCAUCGAGUCGACGGGGCUCGGCGGCGUCUCUUUCUUCGCCUGGUUUGGCUUUGCCGGACGCGCCGUCUCCGCCGAGGAGUCGGCCGAGGCGUUCAAGGUCGAGCAGGAGAAGCGACAGAAGCGCAGGGCGGGCGAGGAUGUCCCCGAGGACGACGACGACGAUGAGGACGACGAUCUCGACGAGUAUGACACGGAGAUCUUCCCCACCGGUGACGACCUCGCCGUCAGCCUCGCCGAGGAUGUCUGGCCCAACGCCAUCAAGUACUUUAUCACCGCCAUGGAGCACGACGCCCUCUCCGAUAUCGACUUUGAGGACGACGAUGACGACGAGGACGAGGAGAUGGAGGAGGCUGACGGCGAGCACACCUCCAAGAAGCGCAAGGCGUAG